GACAACUGUGACCCCUGCACAGAUAGACCUGCUGAUCCACAGACUGACAACAUGGAAACUUACGACCAAGAACACACAUCUACACAAACUAAUGACCAGGGGAGUCAAAGGGCACGGAGCUGUGAGGAUGAUGAAGAGGGUCACCUGGCCUAUCACAUCGGCCUCAUGCUGAAAGCAAGAUAUGAGGUGGUGUCGACCCUGGGAGUCGGAGCCUUUGGAAAAGUGGUCGAAUGUAUCGAUCGAGAAAAAGACGACCGCGUUGCUGUGAAGAUUGUGAGGAACUUUGAGACUUUCCGUGAAGUGGCCAAGUCUGAGAUCAGUGUGUUGGAAGAGAUCAACAGCCUGGACGAUGACAACAGAUUUGCCUGUGUGAGGAUGCUGGACUGGUUCGACCACGACGGUCACAUGUGCAUCGUGUUCGAGCGUCUCGGUCUCAGCACCUUCGAGUUCCUUCAGCAGAACCACUUCCUGCCGUUCAGCGUGGACCAGAUCCGACACAUGGCCUUCCAGAUCUUCAGAGCCGUGUGCUUCCUGCAUCGUAACAAGUUGACCCACACAGACCUGAAGCCAGAAAACAUCCUGUUGGUCUGCUCCGACUACGACCUGGAGUUCAACGAUUCCACGAACCGUAAACAGAGGAAGUUGAGGAGUCUGGAUGUGAAGGUGGUAGAUUUUGGUACCGCCACAUUUGACCAUGAACACCAUGAGUCACUGGUGUCGACACGUCACUAUCGAGCUCCAGAGGUCAUACUAGAUCUGGGCUGGAAUCAGUCCUGUGACGUCUGGAGUCUGGGCUGUGUCCUCAUGGAGUUUUACCUGGGACGGACCCUGUUCCCGACACAUAACAGUCAUGAACAUCUUGCCAUGAUGGAGAAAGUUCUGGGACCGAUACCGUCCCACCUGCUGAAGCAGACCAGAAAGCAGCAGUACGUGCACAACGGCCGUCUGAACUGGGAAGACCAGAGCCCCUCCAACGAACACGUCAGGAAACACUGUAAACCCCUGAAGCAGUUAAUGGAGACGAGGAGCGAGGAGGAGAGCCAGCUGUUCCACCUGCUCAGCUGCAUGUUGGAGUACGACGUGUGCAAACGCAUCACCAUGGAGGAGGCGCUGUGGCACCCGUUCUUCAGCCCCAUGAGGAACCAGAAACAGCAGCGGAGCUAG